AGUAAUGGCCAUCUAUUUGGGUCCUGAAGAAGGAGGGAUAGCCUAAAUCUCGUCGGAGUAUCGUCGCUGUUAUUGCGUUAUUAUCAUUUUGGCACGUGCAUUUGCCUGUUGAGUGAUACCCAGUUGCGUGUUAACCGUUUCCCCCGCGGCUCGUUCGUUGCGCUCGGCUGCAGAACGGUUAAUGGGCUGGCUGAACUUGGUGCCGCGUUUUAGGGUUAAAGCAGCCAAGCUAGCCACGCUAACGUUAGCUACUACCGCGGCUGCUGUGUGAGCCAACGUCUGGAAGGGCGUACGAGUUGAACGUUUUCUCCCCGAAGUCUCCACACGUUUCUGAGUUUGGUGUCGCGCGCUCGUCUUCCCUUUCUAAGCUAACCUGCCUCUCGUCAACAUGGAGGGGACAUACUUUGCAAGAGCAUGAAGACGACGACUACGACGAACGACGACUAAAGAGGAUUAAAAACAACUCGGUCUUGAUGGGGAAAAGUUGAGCUGAGGAUUAAGAACUUGGGAUAAAUUGAAGAAGGGUUUCACGUCUUACCUAUUGUGCAAGGACAUGCUAAAGCGUCAGUGAUGGAGCCCACGGUUGUGAGUACGUCCACUGUGGCCCCUGAUGAGUUCGAUAGGAAUGUGCCACGAAUCUGUGGUGUUUGUGGCGACAAAGCCACUGGCUUCCACUUCAACGCCAUGACCUGUGAGGGCUGCAAGGGCUUUUUCAGGCGCAGUAUGAAGCGCAAGGCCACCUUCACAUGUCCCUUUAACGGCAGUUGCACCAUCACCAAGGACAACAGGCGCCACUGCCAGGCAUGCCGCCUCAAACGGUGUGUGGACAUUGGCAUGAUGAAAGAGUUCAUUCUGACAGAUGAGGAAGUGCAGAGGAAGAAGGACCUGAUUCAGCGGAGGAAGGAUGAGGAGGCACAGCGCGAAGCGGAGAAAGAGGCACGGCGACCCAGACUCACCGAAGAACAGAGUCAGAUCAUUGCCACGCUGGUGGAGGCUCACCAUAAAACAUAUGACGACUCCUAUUCUGACUUCGGCCGAUUUAGGCCCCCUGUGCGUGAGGGCCCAGUGACACGAAGCGCUAGCAGAGCUGCCUCUCUCCACUCCCUGUCUGAUGCCUCCUCUGAUUCUUUCAGUCACUCUCCAGAGUCAGUUGACACCAAAAUGACUUUCAACAACCUGCUGAUGAUGUACCAGGAUCAGGGCAGCAGUCCUGACUCCAGUGAAGAAGAAGGCUCCAGCUUUUCUAUGCUGCCCCACCUGGCUGACCUGGUCUCCUAUAGUAUUCAGAAGGUCAUCGGCUUUGCCAAGAUGAUUCCCGGUUUCAGAGAGCUGACUGCAGAGGACCAGAUUGCUCUGCUCAAGUCCAGUGCCAUUGAGGUGAUCAUGCUGCGUUCAAAUCAAAGCUUCAACCUGGAAGACAUGUCCUGGAGCUGUGGUGGACCUGACUUUAAAUAUCAGAUCAGUGACGUCACCAAAGCGGGACACACUCUGGAGCUGUUGGAGCCGCUGGUAAAGUUCCAGGUGGGACUGAAGAAGCUCAACCUGCACGAGGAGGAGCACGUGCUGCUGAUGGCCAUCUGUCUGCUUUCUCCAGACCGCCCAGGUGUGCAGGAUCAUGCACGGAUCGAAGCCCUGCAAGACCGACUGUCGGAGACUCUGCAAGCCUACAUCAGGCUUCACCACCCGGGAGGGAGGCUGCUCUACGCCAAGAUGAUCCAAAAGCUGGCCGACCUGCGAAGUCUUAACGAGGAGCACUCCAAACAGUACCGCUCACUGUCCUUUCAGCCGGAGCACAGCAUGCAGCUCACUCCACUGGUGCUGGAGGUGUUUGGCAGUGAAGUCUCCUAGAAGCAAUCUGCGAACCUCAGUUGGUCGGGGAGGAAGCUGGCGGCAAGACCCCAGUAGGUAGAGAAAAACAGAGAGAGGGGAGCUGAGAAUGUCCUGGUUGGACUAGAUGCAGGUGUGGUGUAUGAAGCAAAUGAAAAAGAGAAAGUAAAUUGUGUGUGUUUGUGUGUGCGUGUCUGCGCACGUGAGUGCGAGUGCGACUGCAUGUGUGUAUGGAUUCCCAUAUAAAGAAGUCUGUCUUGGUGUAGAGGCCAAGAUUGUGCAGGAGAGCAAGCAGAUAUGAAGAGAUAGAGUAAACAAGGGAAUUUCAGAUAGUACAAAUGAAACUAUACAUAUGACUUCUGGCUAUAUACAGUGUUUUUGUCUGUAUUUAAAUCAACAAACAGCUGCUUCAAAUGCCUGGACAUUAUGUGUGUGUACCUGUGGUGCACACACCAACACAACAAACAUACUCAGUUAUUCAUUUAGCCAUUCAGUUAAGCUACCUCUUGGUUUUACUGGGGUUGUUUUUAUAUUUACAUCACCAAUGUGAAACUUUUACUCAGAACAAUUUAGAUACAGUACGCAUUACAUUUCAGUUUACCGGUGCAAACGCAGUGCCUGCACAUUACUUUGAAUUUUUUGAUGAUUUUCAGAAAUCAUGUAUUUUUAUUUGUUUGUUUUUGGGUUUGUUUGGGUUUUUUGUUUUUUUAAUCUGCUUCUCUCCAAGGCAGCAUAUGUAUAUGACUUUGUGUACAAAUCAAACACAUGCCUUUCACCUUUCACCAAAGGUAUGGUCAACUACUUUCUCAAAAAGCUUCCAGUACCUAAAAAUAACCUUGCUGCUCCUUGGCUCGCUUCACUCAUGCAGCCGCUCGGCAAGUUGUCUGACUAGCCUCACAGCCUAUGAAGGAAAAUGUUAUAUUAUUAUAGGUUUAUACAGCAGAGUACAGAGCUUAGACUGUAAUUUAGUGAGGUUCUGAUAGGACCUUAGGGUGCCUGGUUUUGAGGUGAGAAUUAGCCACUAAAUGUAUUAGCUACUUUUACACUGCUAACUGUCAAUCAAACCAAGCCAACCUUAUGGCUUGUUGCUCUCUUUUGAAAUUGUUUUCCAUUAUUCUCCUCUCUUGUUUAAUUGUUGUUAUUUUUUCCCGUGUAAAUAGAGAAUUGCUAUCAAAUGUAUCCUAAGCACUGUUAUACCACCUUUUACUCAAGCCUAUGUAUUGAUAUACAGUAUCUAUGUUAUCACAGAUUUUAAAGGGCUAAAAUGCCAAAUCUAACUGGAAUAGUAAAUUGAUGGCAAAGCAAAGGGCCUGCCUUGUUAAUAUAUAGCUGCAUAGCAUACUCAGAAUUGGCAUAGCUACGGAUAUAAUUGCAAUAGAUAUUUUUGUUGUUGUUUUUUAUAUGUCACUUCACCUUAAAAACAAUUCCAUGAAUUGUUCCUCCUCAGUAUACAGUGAGCUCAGUGGAUGGAGAGCUUGGGAAGCUGUUUCAGACCUCCACAGAUAUCACACCCCUUUCGUUUCUGACUGGGAAGCGGAUUUUCUAGAAUGUCCAGGGGCCUGGUUGUGGUGGUGUUGCUGCGCACGUCCUCCACCCGGGCCCUCCUGUUUGAUGAUGUAUGCUGCGCAGCCCUCUAGUGGCUGCAUUGUGUAAAUACCAGGUAUAUAUAAAUAAUGUCUGCCGCUGUACAUAGGGCUACAUAGAUUCUUUUGUUUUGUUUUUUUCCUCAAAAAUAUAUAUGCAAACACAACUGACUUUUUGUUUCUGACCCAUAAGCACCAUGUUCUCCAACACUAUGCUCUUUGUUUUGUCUUUGAUCUUUGUUUUUCUUGUCUUUGUUCCUUUUUGGGGGGGGUAUUUAGGAAUGGCUUAAACAGGGAACUGCUUGUAUAUUUGACACACUCAAAUGAUUCUUUGUUUAGUGGUGGACUGAUGUGAAUAUCCAAGGUUCAUUCUCAGAAAAAAAAAAGGACAACCUAAACAAACCGUGCUGCUCUCAACUAUAAGCCAUGUAGAUUACUAAGCUAGCUAUACACCUGGUACAUUACAGUACAUCAAAAUGAUGACUCCAGAACCUUGGACAUUCUCAUUGUGCCAUCUGCUGAAUUUAUAUGCUAUUUAUCUGUGGCUUUUGGAACAUGAACUUGUAUAUGAUAAGAACUUGUAUGCCUUCUCUCUGCUGUCAGUCAUCUUUGGCUUAUGCUUCAUCAGACAGCAUUUAAUGGCUUAUAAACCAAACUGCCAAGAGACUUUAAACGCUUCGGUUUACAGGCCAGUAAUAUAUGGCUUGCUGCAUGUGGGAUUAUGGUAAAAUUAUACAAGACAACAUAUCUUUUACAUCAAGACAAUUCCCUAAAGUAAAGUCGAUUUCCUGCCAAGUGCUCAUGAUUUCACUAGAGGCAGUGUUGCUUAAAGGAAGUCAUUUGCAGAAUUAAAUAUAAAAGUUUAUAUUUUCUUUUUCUUUGUCCUGUAUUUGCUGUGUGACAAAAGAAAUCUUUUAAAGAGUUCCUGCGAUUGACCGUCCGGUCCACAUUUGUCACACACAGAUUUUCCUUCAUCUCAGUAGACUAGGGUUACUCUGUGAGGAAGAUGGCGAGUUUUUCUCACAACUGCUUUGUGAGAAGUUGUGACAGGUGUCGCUUUGAUCUGUUUUUAAACAGUUUAAAGUCCAUUCAACAUCACUGUGGCUUUAUUCCAACUCUCUGCAGUCACUGUGAAACGCCACAAGCUGACAGCCGGGGCUCGACGCUUAGAUAAUCCGCAUAUCACAAACCGUUUGAUCGCUUUUUUCAAUGUUCCUGUAGUCACAUAAUAGGCUUGAUUUAUUUUGUAUUAUCUUUAAAUUUUGCCCUCUUUCUAGAAAUCAUCGAGAUAUAUAUAAUAUAUAAUAUAAUAUACUAACAGAAAAAUCCACACGUCCCACAAAUUACCCUGCUGUGAUUGAUCUUUAAAGAGUUGAAGCUCGGUUGUCGUUAGGCAGUACCAUUUGUAUGUAUAGUAUGUCAGUUUGAUGAGGGGUGUGAUGUGCUUGGUUACUGAAUACUGACUUUUGACUUCUUUUAUUUUUUGGAAAAGUCUCCAUGUUGAUUUUAUUUCGAAAUACAUACUCCUGUAUGUAGAUAUGGCUUUGAAUUUGUUCUGUUUCCUUUUUUUGAGAUAGAGGUUGCAGUGUUGACUUGUGUAUGUUUAAAUACAGUAGGAGGUUUGAUGAAUAUGUAAGUGCCACGGGGAGAGUUCCCUCCACACACGAACAGGGUAAAAAGAGGAGUUGAGUUUGGGGAUUUGAAAACCGAACAGGAAAACUCUCGUGGAUGUAUAAAACGAGCAGUUAGUAUUUGUGUAGUGAUAGGGUUUCUGUCGUAAAAAGAAUCCCCCCCCCCUUUUUUUUUUAACAUACCGAAUGUCUGAUUGCUGAUUUUUUUUUUUUCUUUCUCUUUCCCAACACGGUAUACAGCUCAUAAAUAAAGUUAAAUUUGAAUGUGGUUCAUUCCCAGAGAUUCCUGUUUGGUUUCAUCAUGAUAGGCUGCUCAGAAUCUGUUCAGUUUUGGGUUUUUUUAAUUCUACAUUGUAGUUGUUCUAAUACUGGAACUUGUAAUCUAUACAUCAGUGGAAAUCCGACCUCAAAAUAGAUGGAGCCAUCUUUGUUGAGAUUUCCGUAAGAUCUGCAACGUAACACAGUAACAAUGCCUGCAAUAUACAGCUCAUGGUACACUAUCACCAGCAAGCUUUACAGUUUAUCAUAUUCAUAGAUGUUGUAGGAGGUGUGUGUGUGUGUGUGUGUGUGUGUGUGUGUGUGUGUGUGUGUGUGCGUGUGUGUGCAUGCGUGAGUAACUGUUGCCAUUACAAAUCCUGUCUGAAAACAUGUAUGAAAGCAUUCACAGAGGACUGUUGGCCAUCUCCCAUGCAAAUGAUUUUAAGUCUUUAUUUUGUAUUCUUUCUGCUCCUCCCUUUAGGACAGGGAUUGUAAUGGAAUCAACUUAAUGUAGUUCUUACAAAAAAGAGGAGUGUCCACAAUGGAUGUACACCAUAAUCUACCUAAAAAGAAAACCUACCUCUUUUAGCUCAGAUUUUGCUUUAGCAUUAAGCAUUUGCCUCUGUUUUUACUUUUAUAAUAUUUGUAUUCAUGUUGGUAUUUAUUGCUGUCUAAUGAGUCAUACUUCAAUGAUUACCUCAGAGAUAUCUCACAGAUUUGGGAGAGUCCAGCUAAAGAAUUCAUUCUUUUUUUUUUCUGUUUGGUCUUUAUUCUCAGACUUGGCAAAGGCAUUUUUGUUUUUUUUGUUUGUUUGGGGGGUUUUUUACGCACAAAAAUACCAGGAGUGUUUUUUAAAAAUAGUGCCUGCACUCUUACCAUCGGGGCUCUGGCUAGGAUGAGGCUGCAUUUACUUUCAUUCUUCUCUGCUUCUUUAGCUUGGUAGUUUGUUUGUUUGUUUCGGGGUUGUUGGUUUUUUUGUUGUUUUCUUUUCUUCCAUUGCUUUCAGAAACACGUACAGUUUAUCUUGCUGCAGUGUUGCAGACAAGUGUCUCUACAGGCAUUAAAGGGACCAUUUACUCAAAAAUGAAAUGCGCAUGUUUUUCCUCUGGCUUGUAGCUAUUUAUCAGUCUAGAUCAGGGAUGUCGAACUUAUUUUACACCGUGGGCCACAUACAGCCCACUUUGAUCAUUAGGUGGGCUGGACCAGUGAAAGUAACCUAUCUGUCAGUGUAAAGACAUUUAAGUAAACAUUUAAUCUUUGAAAGGCUUAAUACAAGAAAAAGCAGUGCAAUUUCAACACUACAUCUGUUUUCUGCACGAUAACUGUGGAAAAUUACAGAAAGCUAAAUUACAGAAAGGUAGCUCCUUGCCCAGACUGACCUGUAUUUGUAAUGUUUGUUUCGUUUUUUGUUUGUAUGUUUGUUUGUUUUUGACAUGGACUGACCUUAGGAAAAAAACUGUAAUUUCCUUAGUACAUAAAGGAAAGAGGAUGGCAAUGGGGGAGGUCUUUAUAAGUAGGAAAAGCUGUUAAAAUGUAUGAAAAUACAAAGAGUUCCAAAUCUGUGCGCUCCAUCACAUUUUUCAAAGCCUUCAAGUGGGCCAGAUUGGAGUCUUUGCCAGGUCAGUUCUGGCCCAUAUGUCUUAUGUUUGACACCCUUAGCUCUAGACUGAUUUGAUGUAAGUUUUGGAGAGAAUAGCUGUGUUUCUGUUGAAUUUAAUGUGUCUUUAGUGGCAGAGUUAUGGGGUUAUAUGACAAAUCCACAAACCUUGUGAGCAGAUUCAUUUAGGAACAAUUUUUUUUGUAUUUCACAUUUAUACCACUGCAGGCGAGAGGGGUGUAGAUACGUACACGUAAUUUGGGGUGAAUUGUCCCUUUCGAGAGAAGGACUUUUCAGAGUGAAUGCAACUUUAAAGAAGUGGCAGUAGGAGAAAUGAGAGGUGCGUUUGUGCUCCCCUUGGUACUGUUAGCAUGUCCUAUGCUGUGUAGUGCGUCAUCAUGACCUUGGCCCUGUGGUUUGUCCCAUCGCGUCCGCCGUACCCUCUCCGCGUCAUCACCUCUCCUUCUGUCGUGCACCUUCGUCAUUCCUGAUGCUUUUCAGUCAAACAGGGGAAUUGGGAGUGGCGAAAUCCUCAGUGUCCAUGCAAUGCUGCUUUUAUCUUGAGCAUCACCAAGUUGUGCAACACUGACGCUACCUGAUGCUGGCAUCGUCCAAAGUGUCGGCCCCCAGCGGCGCGACAAGCCUCAUUAGAAGAUGGUGUCUUUGGAAAUGCAGCUUGGAGUUGCUUUUUUUGGGGUGGGGGGGUAUUCCAUUCAGACCCGAGUAUCAUAUUUAAGGAGCAACUGCUCACUUUUGGUGAUUUCAAACCAACUUUUCUUUUCUCUCUAAUUCUCGCUCUGUCUCUUUAUUCCUUCUUUUUAUUUGCUUUCAUGUCAAACUGCUUCAGGUAUACACUGAAUAAAAUUAGAGAGUUUUUAUUGAUCAGUCAAUACAGAGGAACAGUGACGCUGUGGUCACAUCAACCCUGAGCUGUGUGCCAUAACAUGACCCUUUUCAUGCAGGGGAGGGUGUUAACAAAGCUGGCUUCAGAUGUUCCCCGGCUUAAUUUGAGCGGGAAGGUUGUCCAAGUGUGCGAUUGGCUUCUUAAUUGGUACUCUGACAGCAACGUGUACUGAUGAUUAAUUUUUUUUUUUUUUUAAAUAAGGAAUCAGUUUGAAUUUGGUAUUGAAUCCUUUCCCUGCAUUGUGAACCCAAAUCCAUGCCAUGUUGAAUUUCAAUGCCUGAACCAACGAAAGCACUUAAUCUAAUGUUUGUAACACAUGUAUACUGAUCAAGCUACUAGCCAUAAACUGCCUCUGUAGGUCAGCAUCAUAUGGCUCCAAUUAUCAAAGUCACCUAAAUUCUAAUGUAAUUGCAAUUUAUCUUUUGUCUCAGAUCUUCUUUUUCUAUUAUAAAUUGGUGUUUAUGUAAUGUUAUUUUUGUCUGAUGUUUUGCAAAUCAAAAAUAAAAGGUUGUACAUAGCA